AUUCUUCAUACUACGCCCGCGAUCCUACACACUUCCGCUUUCCUGAGAUCUUUUCGAUCAAAUUCGACGCGUCGUGAUAUCCUUGCGGAUGUUAUUUCUUUUUAGUAUUUCAAAACGUCUCGUACGACGGACUGCGCACUAGGGAUUGUUUGAAUAGACGGAAGGGUGUCGCGAAGGCGGGCCAGCGUGGUAAUUCUCGAUGUCCACACCCCGACGAGAUUUUCUUGUUUACCAUUUUGCUCUUGCAGAAUAUCAGUGCUUGUGUCGUUCUAUCGUUUUAUAUGAAUCCUGAAUCGGAUUCUUAUCCUUGCCUCGUGUUAUCCUCGUAUAAUUGAACUUCUGUCAGAGGCUGAUUAUUGCCUUGGAUAAAUUCAGUUGUACUGCUGUGUUCUUAAUUAAUGGAUAAUUAGUUUGGAUAUUAUAGGGUAAUGUCGUGGCACGGCCGAUCACACGGUUUUGCACGGGAAUAUACGCUUUCGGUACUCCAAUUUACUAAAUCGCUCUGUUAUACGUGAAAAUAACGUUUGCAAUAUGGCUGUGGUCAGUAAUGGUGUAUACGCGUAACGUGAGCCCUUAACGAGUAUACCAUUUGGUAUGAAGCAGUGGCCCAGAUUUUGGAAUGGGGCCUGUGCGAAGCGAGUUGUUGUUUCUAUAUUGAGACUCGGUAUCAGGUGAUGGCUGAAACCAAGAGCACGAAUAUACAUACAGCCGAAGUGGAAGAUACUACAUUGGGAAGCCUCGAUCGACUGCCGUACGAUCGACGGUUUUAUCAGGAUACACAGCAUAUUAAGGAACGGCAACCAAGAAUUGAAGGACUUCAGCAUGGUGUGACAUCCGAUAGAUCCUCUGCUGCUCCCAGCAAUGGGUUGCCAAUUCUGGGAAAUGCGCCACAAUGGGCGCCACCAACGAAUUACGUGCAGCGGGACUAUCAACAAUCCUUGGUAGCACCAGAAGAUAUAUUGAAAGCGUACGAGUCGCAUAUCAAGAGUAUAAACAGUGAGCAGGAAGGUGACAUUAACACCAUCCACGCGAGUAACAUCCUCAAAGCCGUACAAACGGCGUAUAACCUUCGAGCAGGUUUCCUGUCGCCCGAUCUGGGUCUGUUGGGACUUGGUGCUCUAGGCCUACCUGGAACUUGGUCCUGGCAGGAUCGUCCUCAAAGUCUGGACACGCAGCCUGAAGUAAGGGAACAUCAAAGCCUAAAUUCAUACCCAGAGUUCGGUUCGACCUGGCAGGAUUCUCAAGCUGUCUCCCAGUCGAAAAGCACGAACAAGCAUACAGACAGAAAGGCGAGCUCCCACAAUUUCUUAGAGGGUCAUCCUGACAUCGAGUGCGCCAGAAAAUCUAAAUUGUUGUUGUCACAUUCCCAUGAAAGCAAGCACGGCCACGCGGAUCGCCGUAAUAGCCGAAGCUUGUUACAAAACGAUACGAAUUUGGCGCACGCCGACGAAGGUACGAAAGAGAGGAAGGGCUCGGCGGAGAACUCUUGCACUGAAACGCCGCGUGAACAUUCGACAAAUCUAGAGAAUUAUUGUUACACAAAGUACGGCGAGUUGGCCUGCGGAUUGCUCAAGCAUUCCGAUUUGGCCGAUCCAACCUUGACUCAUAGACAGCAGAAGUCGUCACGUGGAAGUGCCGAAAGCUCGCGUUUGAAUGUCGAUCGUGGCGCCGGUAUCAAGACGGAGAAGUUCGCGGACGAGGAAGUGAAUAGAAUCGACGAUUCAUCGGCAAUAAAGGUGUGCAAGCUACCUCGUAACUCCUGGGAGGAUUUCGAUAUGGCCGGACAAUAUCCUGGACAUAGCCGACCGCCGGUUGGUACUCCUCCUCCGCAAACAGUUUGGAACCACCUCACAAUGACACAAGGACAAGUUUCAGGGUUAAAUAUUCAUCCUACGGCUCUGUCCGGUGCUGCUCUCAAUCCAGCUGGUUUUUAUACUCAUCCCUCAAUGGCCCGGGCGUCCCACCUAACCUCUCAACUGACACCACAGUUAGCGCAUACUCAAGCCCCACCAACGUGGCACACGCCGACGAUACCGUCGAAAACAGUAACCCCUGCCAACGCACCAGGCAACCCCCUCUUCAGUUUACAAAUGCUGGUGGACAAUCGUCAGAACCAGAGCCAGUACAGGAAUUCCCCGGGUUCCCAGAGUACCCUAGACCUCUCGGCAACAUCGGAGAUGGCUGAGAAUUACUCGAGAAUACCUCAGGAUACACCUAUUAGUUUAACAGCACGUAGUGUAGACAAGGGUAGUCGAAAUGGUAACAUUAUAUCACCUCCGAUACCGCUUAACGGGGAGACGUCAUCGGACAGCGGUAUCAGCUCGUCCGUACCUACGCCGAAUUCCGUGAGCGAACCAGUUUCCUUAUCAACGAAGGAGAUAAUUACCCCUAAGAUAACCGUGAAGAAUUUUGAGAGCAAUCUGCAGGGCGUGGCGAAUCUGCACGACAAGAUCAAGGAGAUUAGCGUUGAUAGCUUUGCCCAGAAGGUUAUUAAUCUUCCACCGAGUGUGACGAUCGAGAGGGUAGUGACAGAGAAGAAGGAACCGGAAGUAACGAAGAUAAAGGACUCAUUGAGUGUUAUCGCGCAAGUGCCAAGGAAUGUGUUGCCGGUUAUCGUCAACCUGACUUCCAAGACGGACAAGGACGUGACGGACAGUCCAAGGCAAGAACCCUCCUCUGAGAAGGAGAGAAAAAUAGACGAGACCAGUGUGAGGUCUCCUAAGAACCUUCCAAAACGAGGUAGCAAGAAGGGCGUCGAUUCGUUAUUGGAAAAACUUGAGGGCGGUAAUAAAAAAUUAGGCGUUACUGAGAAUAUCGGAUCGGUGAUCGUGAUGCCGUUGGAGGAGAAGGACACGUGCAGUGUAAAGAGUAUGUCGCCGGAACGGCAAAAAUCGAAGUCACCUAACAGGGAGGAUGAGGUCGUCUCGCCAGCCUUCAGUAACGACGACUCAAACGACAAUACGAAGCAGCGGAGAAAACGAAAGCUAGAAAAACCCGUGAGACUUAGUAAAGAUUCGAAAACUGAAGUAGAAGACAUGGAAUUGGAGCCUACGGAACCUACGGAGCCGAGGGUGUGUGAACCUCCAGCACCUAGUGAACCCGUUGUGCCUGUAUCAAUUCCGGUAAAGCCUGAGGAGAGUAUAGAGAGAGUAGAAAAGAUAAUAGAAGAAAGAAUAGAACAAAGGACAGAAGAGAGAACAGGAGAAAGAACAGAAGAGAGGACCGAGGAGAGUACAGAAGAUAGAGCGGAGGAGAAUCAGCCAAUCAGGAGGCGAAGAAGUAGCGAAGGACCAGCUACAAUUCUUACACCUACCAAUCAAAGAGCAAGAAGAAAAUCCAGUGACGACGCGACGGAAUUCUCAAAGGUCACUAGUCCUAAGGGUGUAAACAAUGCAAAUCCUUUUAACGAGGUGGAAUCCGAAUUAGAGAAAAUGUUUGCCGGUAUCGUGGAGACGGAUGUGGAUCUUAAGAAGGAAGAAGAAAAGCAGGAGGUCGUGACAACCGAUGUCAAAGACGAGACUGUAUUAAAAGUUGAGAAUUCAGAGAAUAACAGUGUUGUCCUGAUGACAGAAACGGAAGCAUGUAAUCCUACUGACGUAUCCUCGACAGUCGACAGUAAACCGUCGCCCAAAAAAGGUAAGAAGGCCAAAGGUCGUGGCGGCAAAAGAAAAAUAUCAAGGUCCUCUGAAAAUAUAUUUGGUACAUCCGGUGGCGGUGAGACGCCACAAAAGGAUAUAAAGAAGAGACGUGCCUCUAAGGCGGCGAGGAAACAAGAGGUGUCGAAAAAGACAAAAAAGAACGCAAAGAUUGAUGGUCUCCGGGAAAUAGCGUACGAUUCGGGAUCGAAUGCCAGUUCUAUAAGAUCUAGAGGUCCGGUGGUUCACGUGGAGGGUCCUAGGGAUAGUCCUCUGAGCGUUCAAGUGGUGAACGCACCCAGGGAAGACGAGGAGGAGAAAAAUAAAGAGAAAAGGAAAAGCAUAGGAAAUGGUAACGCAGGACGCAGUAAGAGACUCAGUCAUCAAAAUGAUCUCGAUUACAGAGGUAAAGUGAGUAGAGCGGGUCUCUUCAGUUCCACAUUGUCUUCGCGAUACGAUGCACAUACUACGGAUUCCACGUGGGUUUGUGUAUUUUGUAAACAAGGUCCUCAUUGUGUUGUACCUGGAGAUCCGUCCAGACCCCACCCGAACCUCGCCGGACCACAUAUAGCCCCAGGAACAUAUACAGUUCCAGCCGGUGUGCUGAGCGAUCUCUUUGGCCCGUACCUGAUAGGGAAGGAACGUCUGGAGGAUGGCAUCCUUUCAGCGGACGAGCAGGAGAUCUCGACAGAGCAGAAGAAAGGUGGGAAGAACAAGAGGAGUAUCAGGUACGCAGGUCUGGCUGAUCAAUUCUCAGCGAAAAUGGGCAAGAAGAAGAGGAACUCCAUCGAGAGUAAUAUCAAUGCUGUAUUAUUCACGGGGAUGACGUUACUCCCGGGUGAGGAACAACGUUGGGAAGUCUGGUUACAUGAACAGUGUGCGGUAUGGGCAGCUGGUGUCUAUAUGGCAGGUGGAAGAGUAACGGGUCUCCAGGAAGCUGUCUGGGAUGCAGCCAAGUCUGUCUGCGGUGCCUGCGGUUUAACGGGGGCGAAUAUUGGCUGUGUGAAGCGCGGCUGCAAGGCCGUUACGCAUUAUCCCUGCGCCCUUACCAGGGGUUGGCUCUUGGACACGAAUCAGUACAUACCCAAGUGCAACCUUCAUCGAGUUACGUGAAACAUCUGUGAGUCUGUGGACAUGGACGAGCUGAAUAAACCGCAUCCUGUAGAUGAUGCUGGUCAGGCUUUAAUUAGGUGCCACCGAGCGACGGUCAAGAGACGAGCUGUAAGAGACUAGGAACAAAAAAAUGUUUAUGACUGAAGAUCGCCUUUCUAGUGGUUAAGGUCCAUUACGAUUCGCGAUGGAACGUAAUGGUGUCACUUUUACUUUUUGUCUAUCGUAGAAACUCUUGUUUCCAUGAAACUGUGGAUUUCGCCGUGGAAAAUAUUCGAUGAGGGAUUCUUUUAUUUUUUUUUUUCUUCAUCCAACAUGGUUAUCAUAUUAUUGAUACUCUUUUGAACGAGUGCUAAUGAACAGCGUGACACCGUUACGUUUUAUCGCGCACGACUAACGAUGGUCGAUAAGAAUGUUUCAUAGCAUAUGAAAAUUUAGCGAUAAAACACGGGGAAUGAUUGUCGAAUGUUCUACAAGAAAAAAAAAAGAUUGACGCGCAACACGCGAUGGUCUACGUAUGAGCGAUAUGUGUCUGUCUCUUAAUGGAGGAGAUGAAUUUUUGUUCCUAUGUACAAGAUGUUUAAAAAUGAGCAUGAUUGGCGGUCAUUUAAUAAUUUUCUUUGUAAUCGUAUCUGGUACUCUUUUGCUUUGAGACAUGAAAAGCGUCCAGGAUGAAAAUCGACAUCGGUUUAAUUCCUCUUUUUUUUGCACAAUUUUCUCAGUACCCGAUCUUGACUAGUGGCCUUUCGACUUGACGAUACCAAUGAACACGAAUUCAAUUUAUUUGAAGCCUGUAACUUUUUUGUCGAACUUCUCGACUGCAUUAAUCGCAUGGGUGAAAAAAGGACGCGAUCGAGAAAUACGAAAAUUGAAACAAAUAUUGUACCGCUGAAAAUCCAUAGUCUCUCUCGCUGAUGUAUCCGGUGAAAUUAUUUUCUGAUAUUAUGCAUCCGGCGUCGUGCCGUUUUGUUUGUCGACAACUUGUACACAGGAGCUUAAGGAAAUUCCCAUGAGGAUUUGUUUCCGCGAACGACGUACUGCCUAUGUCACGCCUGGGACAGCGACGGGAGCCUGAAUUGGCGCAAGAGGAGCGGCGAGAGAAUAAAAACGAAGAUAAAAGGGAAAAAGUAAUUUAACGAGAAAGAAAAGGAAAACAGAAACGAGAACACACUUUGUUCGUUAAUACACGACAGAGCCAGCCACAUUAAGAUGCGUUAUGUCGAUUCGCCUGCGAGCAUUAUCAUUUCUUAUUCUUGUUUCGUUGCUUUUCAAAUAUUUAUUGGGCAAUAAUUUGUCGAUCGAUAAAACAGUUUAUCGCAAAAUUCAUUCUCGUGCCGCGAUUCCUUAACGAUUUCGUCAUAUCCUGUAAAUACUGAAACUGUUAUUACGUCUUUGCGAUUGAUAAGUAAAAACUUGUACGGAAUCGUAUGUCAUGGGUUUUUUUGUCGUUUUCGUAAUUAAAUUUUAUCUACAGGCGUAGCGACGCGGUCUCGCUCUAUAUACAAUUUACACGUAUACAUUAUUUUGAUGGAAAAUACCGAACAAUUUCCAGUAUAUACAAUUACGUCAGUUUUCAUAAGAAUCUUGCGGUAAAAUUAUUACUUUUUUUUUCCAUAAUAAUACCAAAAUAUUUCUUUUGCUUUCAUUCACUUUUUUUACAGUCUGUUUUUGUUUGUAAAUGAAAUUUACAGAGAAAGAAAGAGAGAUUCGUUCAGUCAUCACGAGAACGAUUGAGCUGACAAUUAUUUCUAAAUGAAAAUUUAUACUGAUUCACCUCUUUUUUAAAUAUAUUUCUUAUUUUCGAAAAUCAUGCUAUUUCUCAAAAAGAAAGUAAAUUCCACAUACAGAGUUUUUGAUCAUAUCACUACAUAAUUUUUAUUCUGCAUCUAAUCUAUACACUGAGCACAGUCGAAAAAAUAAUAUAAAUAUUCAGGACUCAUUCUCCUUGCGUUCAUUUUUUUUUCUCGUACGUAUCAUGCGUGUUUCUUUCACUCCGUUUAAGUGGGAAAAAAAAAAGAGAAAGAAAACUGAUAACUAAAAGCCAAACCAAAACUGGCAAACUUAUCUUUCGCUGUCUCCGGCAGGCGUCGCGAAUCAGCGACUAAAGACGUUAAGGAAAUCUAUUUGUAAUAUAACGAUCGAAUUAAUCGCCACUUAUUCUUACGAUUUACUAUAUCAUUACGCCUAUCGAGGCAGUAGCUAUUAUUAAUAUUAUCAUUGAUUUUACAUGAGUAACAAUUAUUAUCGAUUGUUUAUUUCCUAAUUGCGAAUUAUCGUCAUCACAUUACACUUGAGAGUAAGUGGACGUCAAAAGUCCUUUAAACUAUUGUCUAAUUAUCUUUUUAUAUAUUAUUAUUUCUCAAUUCUUUUACUUUGCUGUGACAAACGUAACAAACGGCUGCGGAACGCGAUACUCUUGGCGCAUCGGCGAGAAAUAUAAUAGACGAUUAUUUGGGGUAAAACUGUAUAAAAAUAAUAUUAUUAUAGAUUGUAAUGUAAAUAAUAUUACUAUAGCGUAGGUAAAAGAAAAAAGUAUAUAUAUAUACACACAUAUAUAUAUAAUUAUACAUAUACCAUAGCAUUAGACGUUCACCCUAAGCAGCCCCAUUUGCCAGAUCCUCCCUCCCUGGACUCCCCUCUUCCCAAGCACAGUACGAUAAUUAAUGAGGUAAUCAUUUUUAAAUAGUACCCAAUUAGAUUAAUGACGGAGGAAUUAUCAAAGAUAAAGUGAAUUCUUUGUACAUACAUACUUAUACCUAAUAACAAAUCUUGUGUAAAAAAGUGACUCUGAUGGAGAGAAGAGAAAACAAAAAUGCGGCAUUUUAUUUAGUGGCAUAAUAUACGUUUUAACGUAAGGACAUCGACGGUCGCCAUUACGAGGUGGCUGUUGGAUCUUUUUGUUAUUAUCUUUCUUCCUCUCACGUUUUAUUUUAUAUUUUCUUUAACAGCACUUGACUCCUUUUGUUUUCGCUUUCGAAUCAUUUUGAACAAGCGCCACUUCGCGAUGGUGACGCCGGCCGAGAAGUCUUUAUACGAGAUAGUAGCGAAAACAAGUAAAUAAAAGAGAAAGGGACGAAAUGAGGGAGAGGCGAGAGGCGGAAAAUGGAGAGAGAAAGAAAAAGAAGCAGCCAAAAAUAACGGUUUAGGUUUGUUAAGGUGAUAAGAAAUUUUGAGAUAUAAACAAAACGCUUAUAUUCUACGGUCGUGUAUGAAAGGGAAACAAAAUUUUAUCUUAGGCGAGUAACCGUAAUGUUAAUUGAUACUUGUGAUACAAAAAAAAAAGAUGAAAAGAAAAAAAAGAAAUACUGACACCCGAGGUUGAGUUGGCGCGCGAAGGUGCGCGAGAUGUGUCUGAAAGAUAUGCCGUAUAUAAAACGAAAAAAAAAAAAAAGAGAUGCUAGUAAGAGUCGACGCGUACGAGUGGAACGUGAUUCCGUUUUUGGAUGGACACCGAGUGCGGGGCGUCAUGAAAAUUUAAUAUAAAUUAUGUAGAUGAAAGGAGAAAGCGAAAAAAAAUGGUAGAUUCGCAUAAUUUUAUUUUAAUUAUGACUUUUUGAUCUUGAUUUGUUUUUAUUUGUAUUUUUAAACAUCGAAUCGAAGACGUGUGGCCCGUACGCUCUGUGAUCAUCGCGGAUCUUUUCACGAAAGCGACAGGAAGGCGCGAGAUAGACUAGAGGUGACAAGUAUGUUUGGAAAUUGUAUAAUAAAAAUUGGGUUAGGUUAGUCCGAACCGGUCCCGAGGCGAAAAAAAAGGAGAAAAAAAUUCGAAGAGAACGUUGACACGCGGCACCAAAAUGAUAAUUAUAUCCAUGAACCUAAUUAUCACGAUGCCUAAGUAAUUUGUAUAAAAUAUAAAUCUGUAAAAUAAGCAAAAUGGAAACGCCGUGGUCGAGGCCAUCCGAAGUGUGUAUGUGUGCGUACGUGAGAGAGAGAGAGAGAGAGAGAGAGAGUGCGUGAGAUACUCUGAGAGAAUGAGAUGGACAAAGAAGUAUAAAAGGAUGACGAGACUUGCGUGAAAGGAUUGUGAAAGAAUGAUGAGGCCAAACGAAGGGCGUUAACAGGAACAAGAAAAAAAAAUGAUAAUUAUGUAUCGUUACGAAUUGUUAGAUAUUUUUACGCCCUUCCCCACCCACAUCCCGCCAUCAGCUCCAGCCAGUUAUUGAAGUCUGUUGCACCCGAUUAAUUCUGACAAGAAAAAUUUUCUUCCCUCCUCUCCUUUCUCUUUGCGGGCUCUCUUAGCAAUUCUAUAGUACGCUCCUGAAAUCCUCCCUCUUGCCCACUCGUGUCCCCCCCCUCCAACCCUGAAUCAUCGAUCCCUUUAGGUGUACGUAUUUUUUGUGACCUGGUUUAAUAUUAAUAAUCGUUAAGGAGGAUUAUCAGUUUCACUCUCUAUUUAAUUAUGUGGAAUGCUAGAAGAUCCCGGCGGAUUGUAUCGCGGUCGAUUCAACAAUACGAUUAAGUAUACAUCUUUGUGUAAUAUAAAUAUGAUGAAUAAUAAAACACGAUAUAAAUCGCA